UACACGUGGAAAAUUAAAAUUCACCUCGGAGAUAAAGCACAUUCGCUUACUGGAGGUAGAAACAGGAUGGCGUUUUCUCUAAAUCUUAAGCGUGUUUUAAUCAGUGACAGUGUGGAUAGCUGUUGUAAAACCAUUUUGGAAGCGAAUGGAAUCGCUGUGGAUCUUAAAACGAAGCUCACGAAGGAAGAACUUCUUGCAGAAAUUCCUAACUAUGACGGUUUGAUUGUCCGAUCAGCAACAAAAGUAACAGCUGAGGUGAUCAAAGCUGGAAAGAAUCUUAAAAUUAUUGGUCGCGCUGGAACAGGCGUCGAUAACAUCGACAUCCCGGCUGCCUCUCUUCAAGGAAUUAUUGUCAUGAACACACCGGGAGGUAACACAAUCAGUGCCGCUGAACAGACUUGUGUACUUAUCAGCACCCUUGCAAGACAUACAGCUCAGGCAGAUGCCUCAAUGAAAGCAGGAAAAUGGGACAGGAAGAAGUAUAUGGGAAGUGAACUACUCGGCAAGACCCUAGCAAUUGUAGGAUUAGGAAGGAUUGGAAGAGAAGUAGCUUAUCGCAUGCAGUCGUACGGUGUGACGACCAUUGGAUAUGAUCCAAUUGUUCCUGCAGAAGAGUCGGCAAAAUAUAACAUUGAGUGGAUGGAGCUGGACCAGCUGUGGCCAAAAGCAGAUUACAUCACAGUGCACACACCUCUCAUUCCACAAACAAGGGGCCUUUUGGGGGAUAAGACUUUCCCUCUCUGUAAAAAAGGUGUGUAUGUGGUCAACUGUGCCCGUGGUGGUAUCAUUGAUGAGGCUUCCCUGCUGAGGAAUUUGGAAUCAGGGCAGUGUGGUGGAGCAGGUCUGGACGUGUUUGAAACUGAACCUCCUACUGGAGUGUCCACACAACUGGCCCAACAUCCCAAAGUCAUAGCUUGUCCUCAUCUUGGUGCCAGCACAGUAGAGGCACAAACCAGAGUUGCCAAGGAGAUUGCUGAACAGUUUGUUGAUGCUGUACAAGGGAAGUCACUCUUUGGUGUGAUCAAUGCCACAUUCUUAGCAGAUGCUCUUAAGCCCCAGGCCCAGCCCUGGUUAAGCCUCGGAGAAAGACUGGGUAAGGUGGCCGCAUGCCUCUCUCAAGGAAAAGUUACCAAGGCAAUGGUAACAACUUAUGGUGCUGAUAUGAAACCUGCUGGACGCUACAUCACAGCUGCUGUGUCGGCAGGAAUUAUGGGAAGUGAUGCUAAUUUAGUGAAUUCUUCUGUAAUGGCCAAGGAAAAGGGAUGUCAGGUAUCGUCCACCCACGUGGAUACUGUAGGUCUCCGUUAUCCUGCUGCAGUGUCCAUCACAUUUGAUAGUGACGGCAAAGUCACUACCUUAACAGGAACAGUGGUGGGUCUCGAUGUACCAGUGUUGGUUAAAUUUGACAGUCUGGUGUUCUCUGGUGCAGUGCCACUCUCUGGAAAUUUGUCCUUUGUUAAGGGAAGUCCUGGAAAGGUUUUGGCCGACCUUGUGCCAAAAUUUGGCGAGAAUGGUACAAUCAACUAUGUCCAUGUAGCAGGAGGAGAUUCAGAGAGUAUUGUUGUUGUCAGCACUUCCUCAAAAAUCUCAGUCGGUUACCCCUGUAUCACUCUGUGAACUGUGUGUUUGGUCUUUGGUGUGAACGGCCUCUAAUAGUGUUUUUCACUCCAAAUUAAAUUCAUCAGUGAUUCAUAUAGUUUUGCAACCAAACUGCCAAUGUGGUCACUAGGUUUUGUAAGGUCCAGUUCAGACUCACAUCUUUUCCUGUUGAUAAACCUAGUCUUGCUAAAUUAGAAUGCGAAAAGUUUGAUGUCUGAAUCAGUUAGGAAUAACAUUUUCAGUUUAUAAUGUCUCUGCCCCUCCCCCUCCCCCUCCUUUUUUUUUUUAGCUGGGAAGGAAUUUUGACCCUAGAAGGACUUUGAUUCAAAUACCGAACCCACUAUAUGCCAAACUUGUUGCAUUAAUUCUAAUAAAUGUUUCAUGAAACUGUUGGUCAUCCACAAUGCCUGAAACAACAGGCAUUCUAAUGGGUUGGCCCAAAAUGGAAGGAAGUGGAUAUCAUGAAAACUGUGAUGUCUGGAAUAGGCAUAAGUCACGAGGUUGUUAAUGAUAUGAAUUUAAGAAAAGGGUAUUACGACAUCAAGAGGACAAAAUGUGUCUUAAUUUGCUGCUAAUUUAAUGUUAAUGGUAGACUGUAACAAUACAAUUAAAAGAGGAGCAUGAAUUAAGCUUCUCAGCUCCACCUGUAAUUUGCAGAUUAUGCAUUUUGUGUAACUCAAAUGUCUUGCUUGUCGAGACAGCGCAAGAGAAUUGUGAGAAAACUGUGAAGUGACUUACAACACCUUAGCCUUAGAUCGCAGUUAGAAAAGAUAGUUUACAAAGCAAAGUUGACAAUAUUUAUUAACUAUAAUUUUUUUGCGGACGCAAAAUGAAUCUGUUUUUCAGUGUGUUUUGACACCGCGAGUUCUUGUAGGUUACAACGCGUUUAUAGUUUUACUAAGUUAUGUGUUGUGUCCAACCAUAGACCUCCACUAAAUGAAUAGAAUGGUAAAUUGUU